GGGAAAGGCAGCAAAGGCAAGGAAUAAUAUGUGAAAUUAUAAUGUUUAUUGAUUGAAAUUUGUAUUUGUUGUACUAAGUAUCGAAUGUCCGAUGUAGUGUAAUAGUUGGUUUAAAGUGUAUAAUUCACCAUGAAGUGUGUUAUCUCUGGAUCGAACAUCAAAAUAUUAGCAAAAGCAAUUCAUGCUCUUGCAAAAAUCGGAGAUGAAAUGUACGUGCAGCCACAAGAAGAUUCGAUAUCUUUUAGAGCAGUCAGCAUGUCAAAUUCUGCAUUUGCUGAUUUUACAAUGUUCAAAAAUUAUUUCUCAUAUUACACUUAUGGGAAUCUACAGGACGAAGAUGCUUUGAAGUGCAAAAUUUCCAUGAGGUGCGCAAUGGGAGUUUUCAAAGCACCUCAUGUUAUGGAUAAAGCUCUUGAAACUUGCCACAUAAAAUUGGAGCCAAAUGCAUCGAAGCUGUAUUUCAUAUUAAAAUAUAAGAACAGCAUCAUUAAAACGCAUCGUCUACCAAUUAUAGACUGCGAAACUUUAAAAGCAUCCUACAAAAAGGAUGGAGUUCCUAAUCAAUUGACAACUCAACCAAAAGUGUUCAUAGACGUCACGCAAAAUUUUCAGCAGAAUUUGAUUGAAAUAACACUGGAAGUAACUCCACAGAAAGUACUAAUUAGAAAUUACAUAGAUGAAGCACCGAAUUUAACAAAUGUUACACGAACUCAACUUGUUCUCGGUGUUGGUGAAUUUGAUGAGUACACAAUAGGAUCGGAUACAAGUAUAACCUUUUGCUUAAAAGAACUAAGGGCGAUUUUAAAUUUUGCAGAGACGGUUAAUCUGCCAAUAAACGUCUACUUUGAAACUGCUGGAAGGCCUGUAGUCUUCGUUCUAAAGAACCCAUCAUUCGAGGCAAAUUUAGUACUCUCUACUCUUAACCCAGAUGUCGACAGUCAGUCUGACAUUUCAGAGCCCGUAAAGCCAAACGCAAAGAAAAAGACAGUCCAAAAAAGAGCGCCAAGGAAAAAUGCAAAGACUGCAGCCAGGGCAGGCCCUAAUUCAACAAUAAAGUCGAAAAAUAUUACAAAAAAUCAAACGUCUAAUGUCAAACUCAACACUAGUGAAAAUAACAGGGAGGAGGAAGAUAGAAUCUCGUUAAAUAGUAGUGUUAACGGCUGUAGUGUACAGGACCUGCACAUGGAUACAAAUGACACGCGUUACGCACCCAAUAUAAGACUUAGUGGAAAUGGCCCUGGGAAAAGUACACCAACUUCGUGUAGCGCGGCUGCAAAAAAUAAAAGUGUGCCUAAUAUAUUCGCGCCGAUACCUAAGAGAAAAUCGAAUCCAGGAGGGAGUCAUGAUAGAACCGACGACGAUGUCAUUCCCUGUUCGCCUCCGAGACCACCAUCGAAAAAAGCGAGGCUGAUUUUUCAGAAGUGUUUUAAAACGACUUUCGAUCCUCGAAUGUUGCCUGGACAUGAUCAAGUCUUGGCUGAGGAUUCUGACGAAGAAGGAAAGUGAGAUAAAUGGGUACUAAUUGUAUAAUUCUGCAGUGUGGUUUCUCUAUGUGAGAAAAACAUACUAAUAAGGAAAACGUUCCCAGUGAAGAGCAACUAAAUGGGAGUGACUUGAAAUAAUUUAAAUAGCUGAAUUAAAUCGUCAUGUGGCGAUUUUUCUGUUUAAAUUUAUUAAGUGUAAAGUUUGGUUUCAAACCCUAUAAAAUUCAGAGCUGAAAUGCUUUGUUUAUUUUAAAAAAUUAUUUAAUUUAAAGAACUAAUGAUAAGUUGUUGAAAAUUGCGAAGAAGUAUCCUAAAUAUAAAAUAUAACCAGUUAAAGAUACUUUUUAAAGAUAAUAUCUGUUGUUAUUACUUGCGCUUAAAUUAAAAUAGAAGUUUCAAUAAAUCUGAAUUAAAUUCUUAUUUCUUAGAAGAAAAUAUUGAGAGAAACAAAAUGAUUAAACUAAUAAGAAAAGGAAGUAAACUAUUUAAGCUCCAGUGUUUUAGUGGGAAAACAGAAUAUAUGUGAUUGGAAGAAAGCCAACUAAAUUGCCAAUGACGCGGUGAGUUGCCAGAGUUGAAUAAAAUACAUUGGAGUAAAUAUAUGCUAAGAUCUGUAUUUUAUUCUGCGCAUAACGAAUCGGAAAGACAAAUAAAAAUAUUUUUAUGUUUAUAA